AUGGCCACCCGGCGACGACACACUAAAUCCCGCCUAGGCUGUCUCCGAUGCAGAGACAAGCACCUCAAAUGCGACGAAGUCCGCCCGACCUGUGGGGCCUGUGCGAAAUACAACCAGCCAUGUAUUUUGAAGCCUGCGAAGACUACUAGAUCUAAUAUCAUGGCUUUCGUCGUAACUGGCAGGACCAGGGGGGUUCGGGAGGCCAUGCGGUACCCAUUCAUACUACAUAUGGUCCUCAUCCUGUCGGCCCUCCAUCUAGGAAUUACUAAGUCCCCAUCUUUCAGUGAGAGUCACUAUACCUUCAUAGUAAGCGGAUGCUCGGAUGCAAUGGCAUCGUUUCGAAGAGAAGCUGAGUACGUCGGCGAUGCCAAUUGCCACGCAGUUGGAAAAUUUCCAUUUCUCUUGUCUAUUUACGCUUUCGGACUUCCGUUGCUACAAGGAGGAGAUAAAAGCGAAGAUGUGGUGUUAGACGACAUGAUUCAUAUCAUGCUUCUAAUCAAGGGAAACGGCACUAUGCAUGAAACUACCAAGCCUUGGAGAAAAGCACGAAAUCUCAAACCAUGGCUUGAAGACAGUGAUAUUUUCGAUGAUUCAGAGCUCCUUUCAGAGGAAAACGAUCUGGACUUUGCCGUCGCAGAGCUACAGCAUUGGAUCGACCUCUCCGAUGAUUCUCCGGUUGUUCGUGGUAUCAACACUAGAGCCCUUCAAUCUUUUCAAGACAGCCUUGGUUUUCGUCUGAAGAGACAUUUGAGACCGUUGGCAUGGCCAAAUAUUGUCCAUACUGACUAUAUGGAUCUACUGCGGGAGAGAAAUACCGCGUCACUGGCCAUUUUAGCCCAUUAUGCUGUAAUACUAGGACAAUGCAACUCGCGAUGGUGGUGUUUGAACUGGGGUGUGCAACUAGCCUCGGCCAUAGCGCGACUCAUGCCUGAAAGAUAUGUCGCCGUCAUUCUCUAUCCCCUUCAGAAGUUACACAUAAGAUGA